AUGGUACAGGAGCCCAUGGCAGGAAGAUCAGCGCCAUGCAUCCCACUGGAUCUGGCAUGUGAGCUUCGUGAGAACCACAAGAGCGCCAAGAAAGAAGCUACAGCCACCAAGCGGGCAGCAGCUCCAAGCAGGCUGCAGGUCAUGCUCUCCCUCUUCCACAAGCACCACAGCUCCAAGCAGGCAGCAGGUACUGCACUCUCUCUUCCCCAAGCACCACAGCUCCAAGCAGGCAGCAGGUCCUGCUCUUCCCCAAGCACCACAGCAACAAGCAGGCAGCAGGUCCUGCUCUUCCCCAAGCACCACAGCCACCAAGCAGGCAGCAGGUCCUGCUCUUCCCCAAGCACCACAGCCCCAAAGCAGGCUGCAGGUCCUGCUCUUCCCCAAGCACCACAGCCACCAAGCAGGCAGCAGGUCCUGCUCUCUCUCUUCCCCAAGCACCACAGCUCCAAGCAGGCAGCAGGACCUGCUCUCCCUAUUCCACAAUUACCACAGCUCCAAGCAGGCUGCAGGUCAUGCUCUCCCUGUUCCCCAAGCACCACAGCAACAAGCAAGCAGCAGGUCCUGCUCUUCCCCAAGCACCACAGCUCCAAGCAGGCAGCAGCACCACAGCUCCAAGCAGUGAGCAGGUCCUGCUCUCCAUCUUCCCCAAGCACCACAGCUCCAAGCAGGCAGCAGGUCCUGCUCUCCCUAUUCCACAAUUACCACAGCUCCAAGCAGGCUGCAGGUCCUGCUCUCCCUGUUCCCCAAGCACCACAGCUCCAAGCAGGCAGCAGGUCCUGCUCUCCCUCUUCCCCAAGCACCACAGCUCCAAGAAGUCAGCAGGUCCUGCUCUCCCUCUUCCCCAAGCACCACAGCUCCAAGCAGUGA